AUGAACGAAAAAAGAACUUCACCACCACCACCUAAAUAUGAACAUAUCAUAAAAACAUCGCCUCCUCCUCCCAGCUACAUUCAGUCCACAGUGCGACUACAGUACAAGAACCAACCGUAUAUUACUGAUCUAGAUCAAGUCGCAUUUCGAUCCCAGUAUCUGGAAUUCCGUCCUACAGAUACCAUGUCCGAUAUAGCGCAAUGGCCUUUGCGUCAACGUCUUGUCUUCUAUCUCAAGACAUGGGCAACGACAGCCUAUGAUGGUCGAUUGAUCUUCUUUGCGUUUUUUGUCGUGGGAUCCUUAGUGACCAUGGGACUUGUGGUCUCUUUUAUUGCUCUUCCUAGUUUAAUAAAGCAUUGA